AUGGAAGGCGGAAUUGACACGGAAGAGCAGAGCUCACUGGAGGCGGCGCAGGACACGAGGCAAGUUGCCGACGCGCAGGAAGACGGAGGCGACGAGAACAAGUUCCAGAAGGCGAUAGGCGCCUGGAGGAACAUCGACCUCACAACGCUCAUUCCACAACUCGACACGGUCGCAUCAGACAUUGUCGCAAACCAAAGAGACACUCUCACGCAAAGAAAAGACCUCGCGCAGAAGACCAAGGACUUCAGGAAGCUUGACGACGCCAGCAAGCUCAACGAGUUCAAGGCGCUCUUGAAAUCAUACCAGAACUUCAUCGACCUUAUUUCAAACCAGUCCAAGACGGUCCAGGCUGCCUUCUUCCAAGUCUACUCACCGCUGUCAGAAGCCCCAGACCCAUACCCUCUGCUCGAAGCCUCCGUCGACUCCCUCGUCACCGCCGAAGAAACCGUCCCAAAGAUUACAGCCGAGAACGAGAGACUCCAGAAGACAGUCGCAAACUUGACCACACAGGUUGACGAUUCAGAGAAGAAGCUCGAGGAGGAGAGGACUGCACGUAAAGGCCUCGAAGAUACCCGAGACAGCAAGAUCAAGGAGGUCGAGCAGUCGUGGUCCGCCGUGCUGAGCGAGAAACAAGACAACUGGGAGUCCAAGGAGAAGAGCCUGGAAGAAAAGGUCGAGAGCCAAGACCGGCUGCUGAAAGAGCUCAAGGCCAGCUAUGAGGUGUCGCAAAGGCUUGGCAAGGGAGAGGAGGGUGAAGGCGAAAGCAGGUCAGGAGCCACAGCUGCGGAGCUCGAGAUUGUCAGCUCUGAGUUGGAGAGGACGAGUCACCGCCUGGCCGAGAUCGAGUCACGCAAUGAACAGUUGCGCCUCCAGCUCGCCCAAUCAGCGUCCUCACAAGCCCAGCACGUUGCAGUCGAAGACGAUCCAUCCUACCUACGACUGCGGUCCGAAAACUCCUCGCUUCUACGCAAGCUUGAAAAUGCGCGUUUCGAGAAGGACUCUGAUCGGACAAAACUCGAGACGGAGACGCGAAGCUUGGAGCGCGAGAUCAAGUCACUGAAGAGUGAAAAGGACGCGUUGCGUGAAAAGGUCCAGAAAUGGGGUGAUUACGAGAACGUGAAGCAGGAGCUCGAAGUGCUGAAGUCAAUCGAGUUCGCUACAGGAGACGACGACGACGAAGCUACCGAGCUCGCCCUUUCACAGAACGGCGGCGCUGGCAAAGGCAAGGGCGAGACAUUAGAGCAGCUUCUGCUCGCGCGCAACAAGAAGCUCAGCAACGAGCUCACCGUCCUCCGCGUGUCCCACCAAGACCUACAGAGCAGGCUGGAAGCUCUCCAAGAAGAGCUCUCUAGCGCAAACAUGGAUCUCGAAAAGUCGAGAGCCCUCAACGAAACCCUCGAGGCCGAUCUCGAGAAAGUCCAACAAGAGGCCUCAAAUGCCUUCGACCCAUCAGGCAUGUCCGUAGCAGGCACAUACGUAUCCCGCUACCCCCAAAGCUCCGCGCGCCGCGGCCGCUCCUCACCUACGUCCUCCAUCAUCUCCGGCUUCGACAACAGCCCCUCCAACACCCUCGCCUCCCUGCGCGCAGGCGAGCCCAUGGGUGGUGGCUCCGGCAUCCUCCCCAUGGUCACCGCGCAACGCGACCGCUUCAAAAAGCGCAAUUCCGAACUGGAAGCCGAGCUACAGAAAUCACACCAAACCGUCUCCUCUCUGCGCAGCGAAAUCGGCGCACUGCAGAAAGAUAACCUCGACCUGUAUGAGAAGACACGAUAUGUGAACUCUUACAAUCGCACACCGUAUUCUGCGAAUGCGAAUACAAACCCGUCAACUGUCAACAUCGCAGCAGACGCGUCGGAUCGCUACAAAGCCAGUUACGAAUCCAAUCUCAGCCCGUUCGCGGCGUUCCGCGGGCGUGAAAGUGCGAGGGCCAUGAAGCGCAUGCAUCUCUUCGAACGCAUGGUGUUGCGCGUGACGAAAUUCGUGCUCCAAACAAGGAUUAGCAGGAACAUGUUUGCGGGAUACCUCAUCGCGCUGCACUUUAUCGUCUUCUACAUGCUGUUUGGCGAGGGGAGUGGAGGGGGUGCGGUGGUGGCGGGCAAUGCGAUUGUGGCGGCGGGGACGCCGGGGGGUCCGCUGGAUGAUCCGACGGUGGGGUUGAAGGAUGCUGUAUAA